GCAAAGGGCUUCCGGUGGGUCGGCUUGGUAAUCGGAGUCAGCAUGGCGGCCCCCUUGGCGGGGAAAAAGAUCGUGUUUGUCACCGGGAACGCCAAGAAGCUGGAGGAGGUCAUUCAGAUUCUGGGAGAUAAGUUUCCAUGCACUUUGGUGGCACAGAAAAUUGACCUGCCGGAGUACCAGGGAGAGCCUGAUGAGAUUUCCAUACAGAAGUGUCAGGAAGCAGCUCGCCAGGUACAGGGGCCUGUACUGGUGGAGGACACCUGUCUGUGCUUCAACGCCCUUGGGGGCCUCCCUGGUCCCUACAUAAAGUGGUUUCUGGAGAAGUUAAAGCCUGAAGGUCUACACCAGCUCCUGGCAGGGUUCGAGGACAAGUCUGCCUAUGCACUUUGCACUUUCGCAUUCAGCACCGGGGACCCCAGUGAGCCAGUGCGCCUGUUCAGGGGCCAGACCUCCGGCCGGAUUGUAGUGCCCCGAGGCUGCCGAGACUUUGGCUGGGACCCCUGCUUUCAACCUGAUGGAUAUGAGCAGACGUAUGCAGAGAUGCCCAAAGCCAAGAAGAAUGCCAUCUCCCAUCGCUUCCGGGCCCUGCUUGAGCUACAGAAAUACUUUGGCAGCCUCACUCCUCCGGUAGUUGGUGAUGAUUGCCCUGGCAGGGGAUCUGGGGAAGGCUAGCUUGCCAUCUCUCCCAUCAGACAGGCAGCCCUCCAGGUACUGCCUUCAGGGUUAGACCUUCCUAGGGGUGUUGAGACAACCUCACCAGUCCUGUUUGGAGGAGCAGCUGGCUCUGCUUGGAGAAACUUGGGAUAAGGGACACUAUUUUCUUGCCCUCGGGGAUUCAGCGGUCCCUCCUAUAGCCUCCUGGCCUGGGAUCCUGAAAGGACCUUGGAUGUUAAACUGGUCAUGGCAGGAUCCAGAGUAUGGAAAGAACCACACAAAUAGCCCUUAACAUUUUUAAAGUGGAAGAAAUAAAAAUACUGGAAGGCACUUGCCUCCAGAAUAAACUGGA